AUGGCCCAAACCAACAUUACGACUGAUCAAUUAGCUCUUCUCUCUUUUAAAUCCCAAAUUAGUUCUGACCCCUUUCACUUCUUGAAUGAAAGUUGGUCUCCUGCUAUUUCUGUUUGCCGUUGGGUUGGAGUCAUUUGUGGUUCUCGUCACCAGCGAGUGAAGUCGUUAAAGCUUUUCAACUUGGCUCUUACAGGCAGAAUUCCCCUUGAUUUUGGAAACCUCACAUUUCUUGUUUCUCUUGACUUGGGAAGCAACCAUUUCCAUGGAAAUUUGCCUCAAGAAAUGGCACAUUUGCGUCGGCUUAAGUUUCUUGAUUUAAGUUUAAACAGCUUCAGAGGGGAAAUUCCUUCUUGGUUUGGGUUUUUACACCAACUUCAAGUUGUAAACCUAAGGAGUAACAGUUUUACUGGUUCCAUUCCUCCGUCACUCUCGAACGCCUCAAGGUUGGAGACUUUACAAAUAUCUGCCAAUUUACUUCAAGGAAACAUCCCCGAAGAGAUUGGCAAUCUUCACAACCUGAAUUGUUCUGGAAGUUUUGGCUCUGUUUACAAAGGCGUUCUCAGGAGUGGGACUGCCAUUGCAGUAAAAGUGUUCAAUCUGCAACUGGAAGUGGCAUUCAAGAGUUUCGAUACAGAAUGUGAAGUUUUGCGUAGCCUUCACCAUAGGAAUCUCGUAAAAGUCAUCACUAGUUGUUCCAACCUUGAUUUUAAGGCUUUAGUGCUUGAGUAUAUGCCUAAUGGAAGUCUUGAUAAGUAUUUGUAUUCCCACGACUACUUCCUAGACAUCAGGCAGAGACUAAGCAUUAUGAUAGAUGUGGCAUGUUCGUUGGAAUAUCUCCAUCAUGGAUGCUCCUAUCCCGUGAUUCAUUGUGAUAUAAAACCUAGUAACGUCUUGCUGGAUGAGGAUAUGGUUGCCCACCUAAGCCACUUUGGUAUUUCAAAACUGCUUGGUGAAGAUGAGAGUGAUUUAUACACAAAAACCUUAGCAACAUUUGGUUAUAUUGCACCGGAGUAUGGAUUGGAUGGACUGUUGUCAGUAAAAUGCGAUGUCUAUAGUUACGAGAUUAUGUUGCUGGAAACAUUUACUAGGACAAAGCCUAGUGAUUUUGAGGGAGAUCUUAAUUUGAAGCAAUGGGUGAGUUAUUCACUUCCAGAGGCAGUAAAGGAUGUUAUAGUUGCCAACUUGGUAACACCAUUGGAUAAUCGCUUACAGAAGAAGCUAGAUGUUGUUGCAUCAAUCAUGAAAGUUGCAUUAGAUUGUUGUGCUGAAUCUCCAGCAAGAAGGACAAACAUGAAAGAUGUUGUAGGGAUGCUCCAGAAGAUCAAGAUUCAACUCUUGCACGUUGAGCAUGUUCUCUGA